CCCGGGCUCCCUAGAUAUAAAGUUAUCAACCUGGGGAUAUCCGCGUGGCUGCGACAAGCUUGGCGUGGCUACCUUUGGUCAAGGCUCUGCUUAAACUUUCGUAGAGGUCGCGGUUCUCCUCACAGGUAUUAUAUAUGGAAUGCGGCAAGCUUACUAUUAUGGCACCCCUUCUCUCGCUAGCUUAUUCCACAGCUGGCUCAUAUACCAACAUAUUUACAGCGAGUAUAUUCACAGCUCUCGCAAUGCCAAAUUUAGCAAAUACGUUACCCGUGGCGAAUAAACCUAUCCCGGACUAUACUACCUCGGAAGCGGGUAACCCCUUCGUGGAUGGCUGGUAUGCUGAUCCCGAUACUGAGAUAUAUGAUGGUCUAUAUUGGGUCUUUCCCACUUCCUCGUAUUCCUACGACGAGCAAACAUACCUCGAUGCUUUUUCCAGCCCGGACCUUGUCCAUUGGACAAAACACCCUAACAUCUUAACAACUGCCGACGUCAGUUGGGCUACUAGAGCUGUGUGGGCACCGGCGCCAAUCUUCCGCAACGGCAAAUAUUACCUAUACUUCGGCGCUAAUGACAUCCAGGAGGGCGAAAAUAUAGUAGGCGGGAUCGGAGUAGCCGUUUCGGACAAACCAGAGGGACCCUACGUGGACGCGAUCGGGGUCCCGCUGAUCGGAGAAUACCACAACGGAGCGCAGCCGAUCGACCAGGACGUCUUCAUCGACGACGACGGACAAGCGUACAUCUACUACGGAGGGCACUCGCGCGCCAACGUCGCGAAGCUCAACGACGACAUGGUUUCCAUCGGGACCUUCGACGACGGGACGCAGUUCAAAGAGAUCACGCCGAAGGACUACGUCGAGGGCUCGCAGAUGAUCAAGCGCAACGGCAAGUACUACUUCAUGUGGUCGGAGGGCUCGUGGACGGGGCCCGACUACUCGGUGUCGUACGCCAUGUCGGACUCUCCCCUGGGCCCCUUCACGCGGGUGGCCAAGAUCCUGCAGCAGGACAGCGCAGUAGCGAAGGGAAGCGGACACCACGGCGUCAUCCACAUCCCGGACUCGGACAUCUGGUACAUGGUGUACCACCGCCGGCCGCUGAGCGAGGCGGACGGCAACCACCGCGUCCUCGCGUACGACCGCAUGUACUUCAACGGCGACGGGACCAUCCAGCCCGUGCAGAUGCUCGUCAGGGAUAACUUCGCCGACGGCCACAUGUACGGCUGGACGGUGUACGACGGGCGCUGGGCCGUGGCCGACGAGCGGCUCACGGUCGCCCCGACGGCCGAGGCCAAGGCGAUGCUGGACACGGAUUUCGCGGACCUGGUUUUCGAGGCGACGGUUUCUAUCAGCUACGGGCUCGGCGACGCCGGGCUCGUGUUCCGGGCCAGGCACCUGUCCACGAGCUCGGACGGGUACAAGGGGUACUACGCGGCCAUCACGAGGGCGGGCAGAGUCGUUCUCGAAAAGGUGCAUGGCGAGAAAAGGACGACGCUGGGCGAAGCCGGGUGCGUGGUUACCCUCGAGACGGAAUACGCAAUCAGAGUUACGGCGAUCGGCCACCAUAUCGACGUGUAUGUGGACGACUUUGUGUACCCGAUGAUCAGCGUUAAGGAUAAAUCGUUUUCUCACGGGGCGACGGGCGUGGGGGCUCGCGUUACCGCUUCUAAGUUUGGUCACGUUUCUGUUCAGCGGCCUUAGAGGGUUGAUGCGCCCUUGAUGGUUGUCCGAGGAGAAAGGGGGCGGCAUAUCUUGGGUAUGCAAUUUUGCUGUAUAUCAGUGGUUUUUUUAAAGUCAUGUUGUAUAUAAUCAUAAGACUCCUGUCUAUAGCGAAACGUAACUUGAAAUAUAAAUAUUAAUUUGA